UGUCAGGUGUCAGCACUGAUUGCAACAACUCAACUCAGAUGAGGAUGCAAAAUAAUACACUAAACGCAAACCCAGUUGCCCAGUAAUUUGGCAGGCCGAACUAAGUAAGUGGACAAAGAAGUUUUUAAUUAAAGUGCAACAAUGGCAGCAACAGCAACAGCAGCAGCAAGCAAAUAAAUAACCAGAAUAAUCGAAUGGCCGACCGGCCAGACCCAAAACUGCCAGCAAUCGAGACAGACAUGUCAAAGCAAUUUGAGUGGACAGCCAACCACACACACACACACUCACACACGCACAGACACACUUAAUGGCAGACACAGACACAUUGCAAGUUGCGGGCCAUCCCACAUCUGACUAUAUAGUAAAUAGCUCAAAUCAGAAUUCAAAUUAAAUUAAAAUAAAUACACGCCACAAAGUACCCAAGACGAAUUGAAGACAUCAUAAUUGAAUUUCGACCAGCCCCGAAAUGGAGUCCAGCGGGUUGCAUCCUGCAUGUCUACAGUAAACUCUCCAGUGCGCGACUGCAACCAAACCAACUAGAUUGAGUGUAAUUCGAAACUGCACUUGGAACUUAAGAACUGAAGAAAUGAGAUUACUGCAAGUGGCAGCUGUUGCUUUGACUCGGCUGCCAGGCAUUUGAGAGAUUACAAAAGCGAGCCAACUAGCACACGUCACAACAACAGCAACAACAACAACAUACACCACCCACUCAUCCACACAAACACACACAUAUCUCAGCGCACCUUGAAAUUACAUUCAAUGACAGCCAUCGGGAACUCUCAUUUCUAUUCAGUCUUUUGUACAUUCAACAACAAUUUUUCACCCCGGAAUAUAUUUUUGUACGCUUUCUGCAAAACUUCUACAAAAAGGUCCAUAAAAUAGGACCAAAAAUAAAGCAAACAAUAGAGUACCGAUUUAUAGCGCUUGGAAGACCGGAGGAAACUAUUUGCCAUUCUAUCAACUGGACAAGACUGCCUUGCCCGCUCUGUUCAGAAGGAGACUACAACCAACCAUCUAAUCCAUAUCAAAAUGCUGGCAUACACCAAGUUGCUGGCCGACAUGGGCCAACAGCUGAGCUUGAGCGCCCGUACUGGCAUACUGCCCGCCGGCUUCCGUCCCACACGCAACACCUUGAUCUGUGCCGGCGCUACGGCAGCCGCUUGUGUAGCCCUUGGAGCUGCAGUCAAGGCUCUGCGCCGUCGCAGCGAUGGUACCCUGAAGUCCAUAACCAGCUCCAAGCUGGCCGAAGAGCUACCAAAGUCGAAAAGCUCAGCAGCUGCUGCUGCUGCUGCCACUGCUGGAGGUGCUGGUGGUGCUGGUGGUGCUGGGGAGCCGGAUCCGGCUUUUGUCAACUGGCGCCGUGUGGAGGACACCUCCGAUUGUGACUCUGAUAUCGAUUGUGAUGUGCAGCCGAAUCCGAAUGCCAACGCUCGUGUUAAGAAGGCAUACUAUAUACUCCCCGGAUCGACCCAGUCAGAGCCACAGUAAUGCGGGCAUAGGCCUUGGAGUCCUUGCAGUCGCUCUCAAGUAAUAUAUUUUUAAUCCGUUCCCCGUUAUAUGUCGUUGUGCCUGCUGCCGAUCACAAAUUUCAAAAGUUAUUUCCGGUCUAUUCUACAUCUAAAUUUCUUACGCUUGUUUUGGUUUUGGGAGUAUCCUUAACACUAUCCUAUACUUUGACGCCUUGGAGGCCCUUCAGUCAAGCCCAUACAUAUCCAAAGCACUUUUCGGCCGCCACGGCACAGCGAUUUUCUUUCAAGAUUUCGUUCAAGUUCGCACAAAUUUCUUCGUUAACAAGCAACAUAAAGAAAAUGGAGCUCCAUCAAUAAUACCUACCUAUAAUAUGCGUCCAAUAAAAAUAUAUAACAUUCGUGCUUUGAACUGGUUGCUUAAAUAUUUGUAAGCCUCCCCCCUCCCCCCAGGCGAAUGGGAAAUAGAAACGUGGAAUUUUCAAAAUAGCUUCGCGAGAUAAAGCAUAUACGACUGUAUAUAACUGUAUUGUUGUUAAAAUAAAAUAAAUCAGAGCUCCACAUCAUA